UCUGUCAAAUUCGUUUAUUCGCACAUCAUCAGCUCAGUAGCAGCAGUAGUAGUAGCAAUAAAGUAUCGCAAAAGUUGGGAAAAUGGAAAAUGUUGUGGAUAUAAAAUUCCCUGCCGGUUCCUUGGUGCCAAAGAACGAAACCGGAGCGCUUAACUUUAUUCGUAAGUACCCGGACUACAAUGGAAAGGAUGUAACGAUUGCCAUUCUGGACUCAGGGAUUGAUCCGCGAGCCAAAGGAUUGGAGAUUAUUCCCGGUGGCGAGGUGAAAAUAAUCGAACGCUACGAUUGUUCCGGGUGUGGCGAUGUGGAUACUGCUAAAAUAGUUACACCAGCGCCGGACGAUACAAUCGUUGGCCUUUCCGGGCGGGUGCUGAGGCUAUCCACCGCAAUGAAAACUAAGUGUGUAAACAACGAGUACCGGAUUGGACUUAAAAGCAUGUACGAUCUGUAUCCUUCCCGGAUUCACGAGAAAAUAUUGGCUAACGCUAAGCUGAAAACCUGGGACGAACCGCACAAAAAAGUUAUGGCCGACGUGAGCCGUGAUUUGGCAGUCUUCGAGACAAAAGCCCCAGCAACGGUAGGAUUGUCUUUGAAAGACAAGUUAGUCAAAGAGAAUUUGGAUAGUACGCUGGAGUUUCUAAGCUCUUGCGAGAAAAAGUUUUCCGAUUUAAAAACAACUUUGGAUUGUGUGCUUUUUUUGUCAGAGAACGGCUGGGUGGCAGUAAUAGAUAAUACCGAGAGUGGUGAUCUAGAAACGGCAGUUCAUAUAGGAGAGUACAACAAGACACAUGAGAUGAUAAACUUGGACGAUUUUUUGGCCAUUUCCAUAAACGUGCACGACGAUGGAGACGUAUUGGAAAUUGUCGGAAUGUGCGCAAGUCACGGUACGCAUGUCGCUUCUAUUGCAUGCGGGUUUCAUCCAGACAACCCGGAGUUGGAUGGUGUGGCGCCGGCAGCAAAGAUUGUGUCUUUAACUAUUGGAGAUGGGCGUCUUGGUUCGAUGGAAACUGGAACUGCGCUAGUUAGAGCGAUCAUCAAGGUUACGGAAUUAUGUGAAGCAGGUCGAAAGAUCGAUGUGAUCAAUAUGAGUUACGGAGAACACGGCCAUUGGUCAAAUUCUGGGCGGGUGGGCGAACUGAUGAGUGAGCUGGUUAACAAAUACGGCGUUGUGUGGGUAGCUUCGGCCGGAAAUCAUGGUCCUGCACUGUGCACCAUCGGCACCCCACCGGAUAUAAGCCAACCAAGCUGUGUUAGUGUGGGGGCUUAUGUUUCACCUGAAAUGAUGGAAGCCGAAUAUGCACUUCGUCAAAAACUGCCGGGAAAUGUGUAUACGUGGUCAUCUCGCGAUCCAUGUAUUGAUGGAGGUUUCGGAGUGACGAUAUGUGCACCAGGUGCAGCAAUAGCAUCAGUACCACAGUUCACAAUGUCCAAAGCACAGUUAAUGAAUGGCACCAGCAUGGCAGCGCCACACGUGGCUGGAUCCGUUGCAAUGCUAAUAUCUGGUUUGAAGCAACGGAACAUCAACUACAACGCGUUCAGUAUUAAACGAGCCCUUUGGAAUACUGCCACAAAACUCGACUACGUUGAUAAGUUUGCGCAGGGCAAUGGUUUGCUAAAUGUGGAAAAGGCGUUCGAACAUUUGGUUGCCUACUCGGGGCUCAUUGAAAACAAUUUGCGGUUUUCCGUAAGUGUUGGAACAAAUGGUGCCAAGGGUAUCCAUAUGCGACAGGGAUUGCUAACGAAACCGGAGGAAUUUAGUGUCAGUAUUGAACCGAUAUUUUUCAAUGAUAAGUAUGCUUCCCCCGCUGAUAAGAUCGGCUUCAAUGUUAGACUGACGCUCGUAGCAACUGAGUCGUGGAUUCAAUGUGGAUCAUUCCUGGAUCUUUGCUACUCAGCACGAACUAUAAGUGUAAAGGUGGAUCCGACUGGACUAGCGGUUGGUGUACAUAGAGCAAGUAUUAAAGCAUUCGACUCCUCGUGCGUCGACAAAAGUGUCCUGUUCGAGAUACCCGUUACCGUAGUACAACCUAUUGUAGUCGACCCGAAAACGUUUGAGUACACCCAAUCAGAGGCGGUUUGCUGUAAACCGAACACAAUUUUGAGGAAUUUUUUCAUGGUCCCAAAAUACGCAACCAGGGCUUUGUUGGAGAUGAUUUCCAGCGAUACCAAUGACACCGUUGGAGGCAAGUUUCUCAUCCACACGAUGCAGAUUCUCCCCAUGAAAUAUUGCAAGGCUUUAGAGACGCAAAAAAUCCUGCCUGUCAACAGUGUUGCGUCGACGGUUCAUCCUUUCAAAUGUGUGGGUGAUAAUAUACUGGAGGUUUGCAUUGCCAAAUACUGGUCAAACUUUGGAACAGUCCCACUGAAGUUUUCCAUUAAAUUUUACGGCAUUUCGCCCUUAAACGGAAAUAUAAUGCACAGCGCCAACGGCAUUCAUCGAAUUGACUUGACCACUCUAAGUUUGGAGGAAGUGUUGCCCUCAGUUUCCCUUAAGUCUGCGGUGAUAGUACUGAAACCCUCGGAUACUAAAAUCACUCCACUAACUGCCAGAGAUGUGCUUUAUCCCGGUCGUCAGAUUUAUCAAAAUGUACUGACUUACAAUUUACACCUAAACAAAAGCCAAGAAGUAGCUUUCCACGCUCCUCUAUUCAGCAGUGUAUUGUAUGAAAGCGAGUUUGAGUCCCAGUUCUGGAUGAUUUUUGACUCUAAUAAAAUGAUGGUUGGUUGUGGUGAUGCGUAUUCAAAUGAUAACUACCUGAAGCUAGAGAAAGGAGACUACACGGUGCGGUUGCAGGUUCGCCAUGAGAAAAAGGAGCUGCUGGAGAAGGUUUCCGAGACGACCAUGUUGGCCAACAUCAAACUGGUAAACGCUAUCUCGAUGGACAUUUACAAGUCGUACAAUCAAGCCAUCGUAAAUGGAAAAAAGAUCGCAACAUGUACUUUUCCCGCAGGAUCCACUAGACCGAUUUAUCUACUUCCGAUUUCUAAUGAGAAAAUUCAGAAAGCUUCACUACCAAACCAGUGCUCCUGGCUGGAAGGAUCGAUAGUGUAUGCUAAGGAUGAACUUGGCAAGAAGUGCGACACACAUAACUUCCAGUACAUUUUGAUAGAAGGACCUACGGUGAAGAAAAAUGGCGUCGGAAGUCCAAAAGAAAACAAAAGCAAGUUCGAUGAAUACAGCGAAGGACUUCGCGAUUACCAGGUUGGACAGAUAGCUAAAUUAGAUCCGGAAAAUGCUAUGACGGUGUACAAGGCAGUACUGAAAGGUAAUCCCAACUACUUGGGAGCACAUUUGGCUCUCAUUGACAAUCUGGAUAGUAGCGAAUUGAAGACGAAUCUACCGUUGGCCUUCACUGCAAGUUUAGAUAAGGGUGAAAGUGGAGAUGCUGCUGCUGCGUUGCUUAAGGUAAAAUUGAUAAACAUCAUCGAUUUGGCAAAUCUUGUGUUGAAGGAUAUCGACCAGAACGCACUGCUCGCUUAUUACGGUUUGAAGACGGACAGCAGGUCGAAUGCAGCCAAGAUUAAGACUCAAAUGGACAAACAAAAACAGCAACUGUUGGAAGCCGCCCAGAAAAAGUUAAUAGCUUUAUGCAAGUUGCGCGUUAUCAAGACAGUUGUGGACACCAACGAAGUCGGAGACGCCGAAGCCGACCAGUUGGAAGAAAUCGAACAGAUAUUUAGUGACGUUGGUAAAUUUGUUGACUACAGCGAUUCUAAAGUUCUGCUGCUCUCGGUUUGGCAUUCGUUUGCUUUGAAACAACACGGGCGUAUGAUGAAAUACCUUAGCAAGCUGUAUGAAGAAAAACUGUCCCGAGAGGUGCUCGAAGAGCAGAUUCGCGUUGCCUCUGAGAAAAAGUGGGCUCACAUCGAGCAACUGUUGAACAAAGUGGUUGUUACCUCUAACCCUCAAUUGUAUCGAUCAUUUUAGAAAAAUCAAAAUCGGAGCUAGUGCAACAGCGAACACGCAGUAGCGUGUUGGUCAUAAGGGUUAAAAGGUCUACAGUAUAUUGUCUAAAGUUUCUAAUUGCGAGAGCUAUUGGUAUACCGGAUUAACCAAAAAGGAGCGAUGAUAAAUCGAGAUAAGAGCGAAAUUACAGAUCUCAAUGCGUUUAUCAGAAAUUGAUGAGACUUUGAAUUCGAUUUUAUUUUGAAGCUAGACACAUUAUUAAAGAAUAUUUUUUGUUGAUCCUAUUGUAAAGUGUAGAGUAGUAUUUCUAUUCUUCAUAUUCAAAUAAUGUGUAUUAACAUUUUCAUAGCAAUGUUCUAUAAAUAUAAUAAGAAAAUACUAGGUCAUUCUAGUUUUUACCGAGUUGGCUGUUUAUGUCUUAUGCUGACCCUAACCAUUCAUAUAAUACGCAUUCGAAAACCAGAGUUUUUGCCCCGAACUUACUAGGCAGAAAGUUAUGAAUUUUGUAGAUAAUAUAUAUUAUAGAUAAACAUAACUAGGACGAAUGAUCAAUAUAAAAAUGCUAAUAAAGAUUUCGAAUAACAAA